GAUGUGUUCUUCUUUUGAUUGGCCUUUGUCUCUCUUGUUUGAUGUCAUUAUCAUGCAUUUGAGUAAACCGUAUACUCAGUGGCUGCUUCAUAGUUACUAUCCUUUAAAGGCAGCAACAGCUGCAUCAGCAGCAGGGAUUAAAGACGAUGGCUACAUCAGCGUCAGCAGAGGUGAAGAUUGACGCUCCUUAUGGUUCUUGGAAGUCUCCCAUUACCGCCGACAUCGUCUCCGGAGCGGAGAAGCGCUUGGACGGCAUCGCAGUUGAUGGCCGCGGUCGCCUUGUCUGGGCUGAAUCUCGUCCAACUGAAGCUGGACGAGUGGUUCUGGUCAAGGAACCAGACAAAGCAGGAGAGGAACCUGUGGAUAUUAUCCCUAAAGAGUUUGCGGUGCGGACCCUGGCCCAAGAAUAUGGAGAGGGGGCAUUUGCAGUUUCUGGGAAUAUGCUUGUUUUUUCAAAUUACAAUGAUCAGAGACUGUACAAGCAUUUCAUGGGUUCUGAAGAUUCCUUUCCUUCACCACUUACCCCGGAUUAUGGUGGACCUGUAGUUCGUUAUGCUGAUGGAGUGUUUGACUUCCGUUUUAAUCGUUAUGUUACUGUAAGAGAAGAUCAUCGUGAAAGUAGCUUAAAUCCAACUACAACGAUUGUAUCAGUGGGUCUUAAUGUUGAGCAUAUACAAGGGUCAUUCCAUCCGUUGGUUCUUUCUCUUUUAAAUGUGCCUACAGAACCAAGAGUGUUACUCAGUGGCAAUGACUUCUAUGCCUUCCCACGCGUUGAUCCAAAUGGGAAGCGAAUGGCAUGGGUAGAGUGGAACCACCCUAACAUGCACUGGGACAAGGCAGAGCUUUGGGUUGGUUAUAUUUCUGAGAAUGGGGGUAUCGACAAGCGCAUCUGUGUUGCUGGUGGUGAUCCUGCACUGAUAGAAUCUCCAAUUGAGCCCAAAUGGUCCUCCAAUGGGGAACUAUUUUUCAUCACAGAUAGGAAAACUGGAUUCUGGAAUCUUCAUAAAUGGCUCGAACACAAAAAUGAGGUGCUGACAUUGUAUUCCCUGGAUGCCGAGUUUACAAGACCAUUCUGGUGUUUUGGAUUUAGCUCUUAUGAUUUUAUUCAGAGCAAUGGGAAUAACAAUUUGAUUGCCUGCAGCUUCAGGAGGAAUGGGAGAUCACAUCUUGGAAUCCUUGAUGAUGUUCAGAGCUCAUUAACUGUACUUGAUGUGCCUUUGACCAGUAUAAACAAUAUUAUUUCUGGGGACAGCUGCCUAUACAUUGAGGGGGCGUCAGCAGUCCAUCCAUUAUCAGUGGUAAAGGUGACUUUGGAUGGUACUAUAUCAAGAACAGUUGAUUUCUCCAUUAUUUGGUCUGCAUUGCCAGACAGUACAAAGUUCAGCUCAUAUUUUAGCUUGCCAGAAUUAAUUGAAUUCCCGACAGAGGUUGCUGGUCAAAAUGCAUUUGCAUACUUUUAUCCUCCAUCCAACCCCUGCUAUCAAGCUUGUCAAGAAGAGAAGCCCCCCUUGUUAUUGGAAAGUCAUGGAGGUCCGACAAUUGAAUCACGUGGGGUCUUAGAUCUUAAUAUCCAGUAUUGGACUAGCCGAGGUUGGGCAUUUGUGGAUGUUAACUAUGGAGGGAGCACUGGUUAUGGGCGGGAAUAUCGAGAACGGCUUUUGGGUCAUUGGGGUAUUGUUGAUGUUAAUGAUUGUUGCAGCUGUGCAAGAUUUCUGAUGGACAGCGGAAAGGUAGAUGGUGAACGACUCUGUAUUACUGGGAAGUCAGCUGGUGGUUACACAACAUUAUCUGCUCUUGCUUUCAGAAAUGUGUUCAAGGCUGGUGCUUCCUUGUAUGGUAUAGCUGACUUGAGUUCUUUGAAAGCAGAAAUGCACAAAUUUGAAUCUCACUAUAUUGAUAAUCUUGUUGGGAGUGAAAAGGAUUUCUUUGAGAGGUCACCUAUCAACUUUGUUGACAAUUUUUCUUGCCCUGUGAUAUUGUUCCACGGAUUGGAUGAUAAGGUUGUACCACCAGAUCAAGCACGUAAAAUUUAUUUGGCAUUGAAGAAAAAAGGGGUUCCUGUUGCUCUCAUUGAGUAUGAAGGAGAACAACAUGGAUUCCGCAAGGCUGAGAACUUAAUCUUCACCCUUGAGCAACAGAUGGUGUUCUUUGCACGAUUAGUGGGGCACUUCAAGGUGGCUGAUGAAAUUUCUCCCAUCAAAGUCGAUAACUUUGGCUAAUCUGGUUUCUGGAUUCUGAACCUUGUGUAUCUAUGCAACGCUCUGAAGGCCUUUUUUCCCUCUUUUUUUGGGUUUUGGGUUGUUGGGGUUGGGGGGGGGGGGAGAGAAGCUGUGGGUAUUUUUAUAUGGUAUUAAAUCCAAAUAAAAAUAUUUAUAUAAAAAUCUGUUAUUGUAGUUCCAUCACCAUUGCACAUGCACCACAUUGAUGCAUUAAUGCUAUCAUUCUAGAAAUUCAUGUGA